AUGUCCAAAUACAAGCAGCUUGUCCUUAUUACCGGCGCCAAUCAAGGCGUCGGCUUCGAAACCGCCAAGAACCUAGUUCUCUCCUCGGUUAAAUACCAUGUCAUCAUUGGAAGUCGAGAUGAAGCCAAGGGGGAGAUAGCAGCGCGAUCACUCCAGUCCCUCGACGACAUCAAAGGAACAGUCUCCAGCAUACAGAUUGACGUCACGGAUGAUAAUUCCGUCGAUGCAGCUGCACGGACUCUAGCUUCUGAAUGGGGGAGGUUGGAUAUUCUGGUCAAUAAUGCUGGUAUCAUCUCGAUGGCUAGUCCUCCAACGCGCGAAGCUUUUCGCAGGGUUCUGGAGACGAACCUCGUUGGUGCGCUUAGCGUCACAGAAGCUUUUCUCCCUCUUCUUUACAAGUCAGAGCAUAAACCUCCUCGUCUCGUCUUUGUCACUUCAAGCACCGGGUCUAUCACUCAUACAUCUAACCCUGAAUCGCCACUUCAUAGCGCUGGAGCGAUGGAAUACCGGACUAGUAAAGCUGGGCUGAACAUGCUCAUGACGAUGUAUAACAUUCGACUUAAACAAGAAGGAUUCUUGGUAUUUGGGGCGGAUCCGGGAUUAUGUGCGACAAACUUUACGAGUGAUGCUGAGUCUCUUAGGCAGCGAGGAGCAGCGGAGCCGAUUGAGGGAGGGGAGAGAAUUGCGCGUGUUGUUAAGGGUGAGAAGGAUGAAGAUGUUGGGAAGGUUAUCGGAGUUCAGGGUGUAAACCCGUGGUGA